AUGAGUCCGGUCUCCGACUGCAAAAUCUCUCUCCAUACAAUCAAAUCGCGUCUCCUUCGUGCCGACGACGUCAUCUCCGAGUCCCCUACGUCGGUGGAUGUUUUCGGACGGCUUGUUACCGAAGACAAAACAGACGGGAAGGUAUUAGCUGUCGAUUUCAAAACGGUGGCAAUGCCGGGAGUUAUGGCCGGCGUGGUUAGGGAUUAUCGGGUGGAGAUUGCCGCCGGAGUGAGUGUAUACUGCGGAGGUGGUUACUUGAUGGUGUUGUGCGGCGAUUUACCGGUGAAGUUCACGGCCGAUCCGGCGGGGAAUGUGAUUGGAUCGUUGCUAGGAAAUAUGAAACGGUGUGAUUAUUUAUUCAGUGAUGAUUUGAAUCUUUCCUUUAGAUCUCCCCGACCAUGA